GCAGAGCGGCGUGGACGACAUGGUGCUGCUGUCCAAGAUCUCCGAGGAGGCCAUCGUGGAGAACCUCAAGAAACGUUUCAUGGACGAUUUCAUCUUUACCUACAUCGGGCCCGUGCUGAUCUCCGUGAACCCCUUCAAGCAGAUGCCGUAUUUCACCGACCGCGAGAUCGAGCUGUACCAGGGCGCGGCCCAGUAUGAAAAUCCCCCCCACAUCUACGCCCUGACUGACAACAUGUACCGGAACAUGCUGAUCGACGGCGAGAACCAGUGUGUCAUCAUCAGCGGAGAAAGCGGAGCUGGGAAAACAGUGGCAGCAAAAUACAUCAUGGGCUACAUCUCCAAAGUGUCUGGUGGUGGGGAGAAAGUCCAGCACGUGAAGGACAUCAUCCUGCAGUCCAACCCGCUGCUGGAAGCCUUUGGAAAUGCCAAAACUGUCCGGAACAACAAUUCCAGCCGCUUUGGAAAAUACUUUGAGAUCCAGUUCAGCCGGGGAGGAGAACCUGAUGGGGGCAAGAUCUCCAAUUUCCUGCUGGAGAAGUCGCGCGUGGUGAGCCAGAACGAGUGCGAGAGGAACUUCCACAUCUACUACCAGCUCAUCCAAGGAGCAUCCCAAGAGCAGAAGCAGAAUUUGGGCAUCAUGAGCCCGGAUUAUUACUUCUACCUGAACCAGACAGACACCUACCAGGUGGAGGGCACAGACGACCGCAGCGACUUCCAUGAGACCAUGAAUGCCAUGCAGGUCAUCGGCAUCCGCGGUGAGGACCAGCAGCUGGUGCUGCAGAUCGUGGCAGGGAUCCUGCACCUGGGCAACAUCAGCUUCAGGGAGGAGGGCAACUACGCCCGGGUGGAGAACGCUGACUCCCUGGCCUUCCCUGCCUACCUGCUGGGGGUCGACCAGGAGCGCCUCAACGAGAAGGUCACCAGCAGGAAAAUGGACAGCAAGUGGGGCGGCCGCUCCGAGUCCAUCACCGUCACCCUCAACGUGGAGCAGGCGGCCUACACCCGCGACGCGCUGGCCAAGGGGCUCUACGCCCGUGUCUUCGACUUCCUGGUGGAGUCCAUCAACCGGGCCAUGCAGAAGCCGUACGAGGAGUACAGCGUCGGGGUGCUGGACAUCUAUGGAUUUGAGAUAUUCCAGAAAAAUGGCUUUGAACAAUUCUGCAUUAACUUUGUGAAUGAGAAGCUGCAGCAGAUCUUCAUUGAGCUGACCCUGAAGGCCGAGCAGGAGGAAUAUGUGCAGGAGGGGAUCAAGUGGACACAGAUCCAGUACUUCAACAACAAGGUGGUGUGUGACCUGAUAGAGAACAAGCUGAACCCUCCUGGGAUCAUGAGUGUCCUGGAUGACGUGUGUGCCACAAUGCACGCCACGGGUGAGGGCGCCGACCAGACCCUGCUGCAGAAGCUGCAGGCGGCCGUGGGCACCCAUGAGCACUUCAACAGCUGGAGCUCGGGCUUUGUCAUCCACCACUACGCUGGCAAGGUGUCCUACGAUGUGAACGGCUUCUGCGAGCGCAACCGGGACGUGCUUUUCACUGACCUGAUCGAGCUCAUGCAGAGCAGUGAAUACGGUUUCAUCCGGAUGCUUUUCCCAGAAAAACUUGAUUCUGACAAAAAGGGACGGCCGACCACGGCGGGCUCCAAAAUCAAGAAACAGGCCAACGACCUGGUGAACACGCUCAUGAAGUGCACCCCACACUACAUCCGCUGCAUCAAACCCAACGAGACCAAGAAACCCCGGGACUGGGAGGAGAGCAGAGUGAAGCACCAGGUUGAGUACCUAGGGCUGAAGGAGAACAUCCGGGUGCGCCGGGCAGGCUUCGCCUACCGCCGCCUCUUCCACAAGUUCCUGCAACGCUAUGCCAUCCUCACCCCCGAGACGUGGCCAUCGUGGCGCGGGGACGAGCGCCAAGGGGUGCAGCACCUCCUGCGCUCGGUCAACAUGGACCCAGACCAGUACCAGAUGGGCAGGAGCAAGGUGUUCGUCAAGAACCCCGAGUCGCUCUUCCUGCUCGAGGAGAUGCGGGAGAGGAAAUUUGACAGCUUUGCCCGGGUGAUCCAGAAGGCCUGGCGCCGGCAUGUGGCCAUCCGCAAAUACGAGCAGAUGAGAGAGGAGGCUGCCAGCAUCCUUUACAACUUCAAAGAGCGGCGCAGGAACAGCAUCAACAGGAACUUCGUGGGGGAUUACCUGGGCAUGGAGGAGCGGCCGGAGCUGCGGCAGUUCCUGGCCAAGCGGGAGCGCGUCGACUUCGCCGACUCCGUCACCAAAUACGACCGGAGGUUCAAGCCCAUCAAGCGGGAUUUCAUUCUCACGCCCAAGUAUUUCUACCUGAUCGGGCGGGAGAAGGUGAAGAAGGGGCCUGAGAAGGGGCAGAUCAAGGAGGUGCUCAAGAAGAAGGUGGAGCUGCAGGCGGUGAGCGGCGUCUCGCUGAGCACCAGGCAGGACGACUUCUUCAUCCUCCACGAGAACGAUGCCGACAACUUCUUGGAGUCCAUCUUCAAGACAGAGCUGAUCAGCCUCCUGUGCAAGCGCUUUGAGGAGCUCACCCGCUCCAAGCUGCCCCUCUCCUUCAAGGACACACUACAGUUUCGGGUGAAGAAGGAGGGCUGGGGCGGCGGUGGCACCCGCAACGUCACCUUCGUCAGAGGACAGGGCGACGUGGCCUCCCUCAAAGCUGGAGGCAAAACCCUUACGGUCACCAUCGGGGAUGGGCUCCCCAGGAAUGCCAAGCCCACAAGGAAGGGGGCAGCACAGGGCAGAGGUGGCAGCAGGUGUCCCGCACCUUCCCGAAGUGCCCCAUCAGCACCCAGAGGAGCCUGCAGGAACGGGGGUCCCCAGAUCCCCCGCGGGGAU